AUGGCCCCAGGUAAGAAUACCGUUUCGCUUGCCGAGAAAAAAGCACGUAUCCUAAGGUUUUUCCAAGAAGAACAUACCGUAUACAACAUGAAGGAAUUAGAGAAAUAUAUCCCCAAGAAAUGUGGCAUAUCUUCCAUGUUAGUGAAGGUAUUAGUACAAAAGAUGAUUGAUGAAGAUGGAUUGAUCAGUGUGGAAAAGUGUGGGAACAUUAACGUGUAUUGGUCUUUCAAAAAUCAGAUGCAAAAUAAGUUGAAUAGCGACGCCAGUAACAUAGAGAAAAGAAUAGAGCAUGAGAAAAGUGAAAUUGCUCGGUGUCAGGAAUUGUAUCAGAAGGAAAUUCAAGGCCAGAGGAGUGAUACGUUGAAGAAUAGACGCGGCUGGAAAAGAAGUGCACAGCUAAGUAAAUUGAAAGAGGUUCAAAAGACAAUUCGUGAAUUGAACUCCAAAUAUGAAGAAUUAUCCAAAAAUAACUGGACUCCACAGCGCAUCAAACAGGAGAAACAUAAUUUGUUUGAAAAGGCAAGUUUUGCUGUAGGUCUUGCAGAUAACAUUGAUUGCAUCACUGGGCAUAUCUCAUCUACGUAUUGUGUUCAAAUGUCUGAUUUGAAAGUUGAGUUGGAGCUUCCUAAUGAAUUCAAUCAAUUUGAAACAAUACUUGAAAAGUUGGGUCACCUUUAG